AUGAGGCAAAAGACGCUUGAGUUGAUCGAGAAGAUGAGGGUGGAAGAGGAGGUGGAGAUGGAUGCAACGAGUGAUUUGUUGUGGGAGCUUUGUUUACAAGCUAAAGUUCAAAAGGAGAUGAUGUUGGAUGUCGAUUUUUGUGUGGAGGUUCAGAGAAAGGGGAGUGGUGAGGCAUAUAAGAGAGACAAGAUAGCAAACGUGAUAAAUGAAUACACGCUCUCCAUCAACGAGCUCCACCCGCAGUGGCUCACGAACCCUCCCGUGCUACGGUGCGCCAGCACAUCCGCCUGCGGGGCCCACCCGACCACGACCAUCCCCCUUUCCCCCACCCUCCCGAGGAACCCUUCCGGAAGGGCCUCUUCAAGGGGAAUCGACCCUUCGGCCGGGAACCGAACCACCCACACGAAGCUUGCAUGGCAAGACUCGAGCCCCCUCGCUAUCUCUGCCAUCUCUUCCUUGGAUGGGAAGCACUCGCUGCCAAACGAGACGUACAUGGUCGAGCGCGGGCCCUUCCCGUCCAGCCACCGUAGAAUCUCUGAGCUUCCCGAGAUGACGGUGGCGGCAAGCGGGCCCACGGUUCGGAGUUUCUUCCGGAAGGCUCCAGAGAGGUAG